CACCGGGUUUAAACCCGGUGCUUUGGUAAAAACCCAAUAAACACCCAUAAACUCCCAUAAUCACCCAAAAAAAUAGGUUUUUACGUAUUUUUUUGAAAAUAUGUAAGUAAUACCAAUAAAUUAUUUUUAUAAAUUGUAUUGAUCAAUUCUACAAUAUUAAAUAAAACGUUAACUAAUAAUUUCAGGAAAUUUUAAAAAUCUAUAUAUAAUAAAAUGAAAGUAAUUAAUUUUCAGUGUUUUCAUGUUGCAGUUGAUCAACAUGUUGGCCUUUUGCUUCCCGUAGAUACUUUAAAAUUUCUUCAUAACACCUCGUUCGCACACAUGGCCGUAUAUAUUUAAAUUCUUGAGCCACUAACAGUCCGAAAUACUCAUUUCUUUUAUCCUCUUCUCCAUAAAUUAAGCAUUUAGAACAGUUUGUUUCUUCUUUCAGUAAAUUUUCUUUUACUUUAUCCUCGUUUUUUUCUUUGUUGCGACGACGCUGGGUAAAUCAUCUGGACACUGGGUCUCACUAUCGCCAAAUAUAUUUGGAGAUCGGCUUCGGCUACGGCUUGGCAGACAUUUUUUUCUUUCUACAAUUUUAAAUUAAAUUUAUUAGAAUAAAUGCUUCGAACACACGCGAUCUAAGUACCUUUUGUGUUUAUUAUACCUUACCUACCUAGGUAUAAAAAGAGUACUUACGUAGAUUUUCUUUUAUUAACUGUUUUAUACGAAGAUCUUGAUCUCUCAAAUUAGCAUCCAUUUUACUUCCAGUGAUUAUCAACUAAAUUAAUAAUCCACAAAGUAUUAAAUAACGUUUUUAUGAAAUAUUUAGCACAAAAACAAUACCCUUUAAAUAUCGAUCGUCAGUAACUGUGGCUGACUUACCUAUAUUCUAGCAAGCAGGACUGCCAGAUGUGAAGGGGAAAUCCCCAAUAAAUUGUUGCAUGUGACUGAUGAUGUGAGCAUGUUCGUUUCAUAAUAAAAAUGUUGCCAGGUAACCAAAAAGUCGUAUGUUUUUGUGCGAAUUACGAUCAUAAUCUUUACGAUCGUACAUUAAAAAAUAGACAAAUAAUAGUAUGAGUACGAUUUAAAUCGUAUAUCUGUCAACCCUGCUAGCAAGACAGCGACAAAAUCACGUUGCAUAACAAUGUAGCCCAAGCUUAUAUCUUAUGAAAUAUACGGAAGAGAUACGGACUUAGAAAAAACAGAAAUGUUGUUCUUUGUGGAAGUCAUUGAUGAAAUUCUAUGUAUUUUAGCCCGCAAACUUUCUUCAAACAAAAACAGCGCCAUCUAGUAUCGAGUUCUGUAAUUAUCUCUUUGUUUAUGGAUUUGAAGUAAGACCGCCACGCAUGCAAUACAUUAUGACUGGGGAUUCCCCUAUUCGUCGACGCUGAAUAUGAGGCGACGACAAUCACUGUCAAACGUGUUCACUAUUACUCUGACUCUGGUAACGUGACUUCCUGGUAACGUGUUAGGUAGGAAAAGCAGUAAAAAAGUGCAUAUUAAGGGAGCAGAUUUGAAAUAAUAUUUAUACUUAACAAGAAAUAAUUAAAGGUUCAAUGGGGAGACCUAAAGAUUUACGCAUAUGGGAGCACUACCGUACUUUACCAAACAAGUCUGUUUCUUGCAAGCUUUGUAAUAAGGUCUACAAAUUCAGUAAUGCUGCCAAAAUGCUUCAACAUCUUAUCACUUGUCCAAAAUCUCCAGAAACAUUAAAAGACUCUAUGAAACUUAUAAAAGAUAGCUCGUCCAAAACCAAAAUGUCUGGACUGUCAGAGAUAGAGACAAAUGAUUCUUUUAUAAGCCCCUCGUCGUCUGCUAACACUACAAUAAAUGCUGAGUUUCAAGACACCGAUGAUCAUAUAAAAACAGAAUUAGCGAGAGCUAUAUUUGUAACAGGGACGCCAUUAUCGAUGGUGCAACAUCCUUUAUGGAUACAAUUUUUCGAAAAAUUGCAACCAAAAUUUAAAAUACCUUCACGUAAAGCUUUAGCGACAAAAUACUUAGAUAAAAUAUAUAGAGAAAUGCGUUUUGAGUUAAAUGAGGAACUAAAUGCUUGUAGUUACUUACACCUUCAGUGCGAUGGCUGGUCUAAUUUAAGAAAUGAAGGAAUAAUAAACUUUCUUAUAUCAAAACCUCAACCUGCAUACGUUAAAAGUUUGAAUACAGAAAGUAAUCCUCACACUAGUGAAUACCUUAGCCAAGAAGUUGAAAAAGUAAUGAAAGUGUAUGGAGCAAAUAAGUUUCUUGUACUUAUUGGCGAUAACGCUAGAAAUAUACAAAAGGCAUUCGAAUUAACAAAACUCAAAUAUCCACAUGUUGUUCCUCUCGGUUGCUGUGCACAUAUCCUUAACUUGUUGUGCCAAGAUAUUGUAAAGAUACAAGAAGUAACUGUGUUUAUUAUGCAAGCCAUAAAUAUAAUAAAAACUGUUAAAAGGAGUCAACGAUUAAGUUCCUUGUUGAUAAAAUCAAGGCAGGGUGAAGAUUCUACACAAACACUAAAAUUGCCUUGUGCUACAAGAUGGGGAAGUCAUGUUACUUCGUUAAAAAGUUUGAAAGCAAAUAAGAUAGCUUUGCAAAUAUUAACAGUUAGAGAAGAUGUGGUAAUUUCAAGAGAUAUUAAAGAUUUAAUUCUAAGUGAUGAUUUCUGGACGAAGACAGGGGAAUGUAUAAGUAUUUUGGAACCAGUCACUGAAAGCAUAUUUUACUUAGAGAGCGACCAGAAUCGUUUGCAUCGCACAUACAUUACAUUUAGAGAUGUACAAGCUAAGAUACGUUUUGCAUUAAAUGAGAUUUCGACAUUGAGCGAAGAAAGCAAACAGCAGAUUCUAACAUCAGUAUCUUCAAGAUGCAAUAUGGCAAUGAGGCCAAUACAUUUUGCAGCAUAUAUUCUAGACCCCAGGACUCUAGGAGUCGAACUUACUCAAGAGGAAGAACUUAAGGGUAUGGAGUUUAUCUACAAUUUAAGCCAACACUUAAGUUUGUCAAAUGUAAUGGCAGAUUUGGCGUGUUAUAAAGCUAAAGAAAACUUUUGGGCCAGAGGAUUUGUAUGGAGCUCAUUAGAUAGCAUUGAGCCCCUAAUAUGGUGGAAAGGUAUUUGUGGUUCCACUGAGUUAAGCAAAGUAGCGAUUCGUAUUCUAUCAGCUCCCUGUACUUCGGCAGCCACUGAGCGUUCCUUUAGUAUCCAAGGCUACAUACAUAAUAACAAAAGAAAUCGACUUACAACUGAAAGAACUGAAAAAAUUUCAUUCAUUUGUUAUAACUGGAAUCUUAAACAUAAAGCUGAAUGCGAGGACAUUCAGUUUAAUGAAGAAAAUACCUUAGAAGCUUUCAUUGAGCAAGUAAAUGAACAUAACAGUUUAGACGAAAUAGAGCCUAUCGAACCUAUACAAUUCAUCGCUUGUAAUAACUCUGAAUCUGACAGUGAUUGACUGUAGUUUUACAUUUUACUUUCAUCUCUUUCUUAAUAAACUCAAAAUCAAAUUAAAAGUUUUUUAUUCUGUAGGCUGCAUAAUAAUAUUGUCUAUGUCCAGUAUAGUGGACGUCUUGCGGCUGAGAUGACGAUGAUGAAGUACAAAAUCAUAAACACCCAAAAAUUUGGGUGUUUAUGGGGUUUAAACCCAAUAAACCCAAAACACCCGGUUUUUACCCACCAGACUUUAAACCCACCCAGGUGGAUUGCCCAUCUCUACUUAGAAUGGCAAACAAGCUGACGGCCCACCUGAUGGAAAGUGGUAACCGUCGCUUAUAGACAUAAGCAAUACCAUGGACAUAACAGAGUAACAUUCCUGAGGACUCAGAUGUUAUUCCUCUGUACCCAGUAAAUUCACGCCAUAUCCCAC